AUGGCUGAGGUUGCGGUGGCCGCGGUGAGCUCGCUGCUGGGGCAGAUCCGCAACGAGGCUCUCUUCCUGGGGCGCGUGAAGAGCGACGUGCGGUUCAUCAAGCAUGAGAUGGAGAGCAUGCGGAGCUUCCUCGAGCGACUGGCCGAGACCGGCGAGGAUCAGGACCUGCAGGUCCAGACGUGGAUGGAGCAGGUCCGGGAGCUCGCCGGCGACUGCAGGACCUGCGUCGACAUCUACCUCCAGCGCGGUAACCCGGCCGCGGUCCUCGGCGCAAGGGUCGGCGUCUUCCGGCGAAGCCUCUGCUGGGCACCUUGGCUGGUGCAGAACAUGGUGAACCAGCACUACGCUGGCAUCGAGCUGCGUGAGCUCAAGGAGCGGGCGUACGACGUCGCACAGCGCCGCAAGAGGUACGGUGUGGUGGUCACCAUCAAGACCAAGCAGGAGCAGCCACCCGGCGGCGGCGACGACGACGAAGCGAGUGCAAAGAAGACAAGGACGACGGUGGUUGGCAGCUCUAUCCUACAUCACAGAGCACUGGAGCUCGCUCGCUCUCGCUCCCUGGAUGACUACUGCGGCGACAAGAUAGUCGAGUGGCUCGAUAGCGAUGCCCGUGCCGCAGCCGCUAGAGAUCGUUGGUGUCAAAGCAUACCAUCGAUCGCAAUUGUUGUACCGCAUCCAGACCCAGAGACCGCUGGGGCCAAUGCACGUGAUGCUUUGGCUUUUGUGGCGACCACCCGUUUCAGGCGCUCAGUGUGGAUCAACAUCCUCAAUGUGCAUAAGAAAUACCUGCUGAGAAAUACUAGAUUUUUUAUCCCUUUCAUUAAUAUUGCUUCCUGGACGGUGGCAAAAGGCAAUCCCAUAACACUCAUUGACACCCUCUGCUAUAUCCUGCGUGAAUGCCAGGAGCAGAAUCAUCAACAGAAAAAUCAUGGCGACGCGCAGGAGCAGGAUGUGCGGGACAACGCCUGGAGGGACAGAUCCAACAUUAUUAGUGAAAUCGCUGCAGGUUCCCAAAUUAAAAAGAUGAAGACAAAGAUUGAACAGAUCGAGAGCAAGAUCAAACAAAUGGAGACCGACCAUGCCCAAGCAGUAGAAGCUGCCAUCGACGGCGCCAUCGACACAUUGUCUAAUGCUCUCUGGAUUCAAAAACCCUUGGGCAUUCUCUUGAAGGCGCUGCAUCUUCUCAUUCAACCAGGUGAAACCUCUGAUCUAGCAACAAGUCUCCCCCAACUCGUAAAUAUGCUACUAUGGGACCAUGAAAAGAUUGUCAAGGAAACGGCCAAGAAACUUAAACAACAUAUUGAAGCAGCAGAACCUCCGUCUCCCGGCGAAACAAGGGAGGAUGAUCUUGGACAGGGGAAACAACAAGAAGCCAAAACUGUGUUCCCAAUUAGUCUCCAGCAGACCAAAUAUGAACAUAUACUACACAAGAUGUUCCCAGCCAAGGAGCCCCAGGAAGCUGCUAGCUCUGGCAUUUCAGAUGGUAUUCAAGCAGCUCCUGAUGAUGUUUCGGCUACUGCUAUUACUUCAGUCAGCAGUGUUGAGAUCAAAGAAAUCAUUUACAGGAUCAUACAAAACAUGCUACAAGACAUCCUAAAGGAGCAGCAACAUCAGCUUGCCCAGUUGCCGGAAGCUGAAGGCAAACCUGUGAAGCAGGAGCAAGCCUCAGCCUCACCACAUAAGUCAGGUUAUCAUCAGGAGGAUGAAUACGCCAGUGCAAUCAAAGAAACCAAGCAAAAGAUUACACAAAUCGAAUCAAAUAUUCAGGAACAGUUGAUGAUCCAAAUAGUAGUUGAAAAGAUUAAAGAACAGUUGAAAUGUGAAAGGACCUUGAUUAUCAUUGAAGAUUAUGGUAACUAUGUACCAGAGUGGGUGGAGAUCAGAAAUGCUUUGAACCCUCUGACAAGCUCAGGAAGUGCACUGAUAGUGACCACCACAAGCAUUCAAAGGGCCAAAGAAAUUUGCUAUCCACUGCGAGAGCCCAUAACCAAUUCUAUUGUUAGCAUGUACCAUGAUAUUUUCCAGUAUAUAAGCCAGUCCAUGAAUAAAGGUGUCAACCAAAUUUUCCACGACGUAGUUGACAAGUGUCCAGAUGAGUUCUGCAUGAAAAUCUUCACUCAUGCCAUGUACACUAAUCCGAAAAGGAGCAAUGAAGAUCUGCGCAAGUUGCUUGCCUCAAUGGAUCCAGAAAAAUCGUUGGCCAUUAAUGCCAACAAGAUGAUCAAUUUCUCCUACAAUGAUCUUCGCAAAGAAUACAAGUCCUGCUUGCUAUACCUAGCAAUCUUCCCUCCUGGUUACCGCAUUAGACGGUCAACCUUAGUAGGACGUUGGGUUACAGAAGGGAUGAUAGCUAAGGAACAAUGGCCAAGUGCCGUACGUCAUGCUGAGAGAUGUUUUGAAGCACUAAUUGACCGGUGGCUUGUAUAUCCCGGCGAUAUUGAUGGUGAAGGGAAGGUAAAGAGUUGUAUUGUAAGUGAUCUUGUUCAUGACUUUAUUACCAAGAUUGCCAAGAAACAACACAUUCUAGAACCACGACUCUCACAACAUUUGGCUCAUCAUUUCUCCAUUUUCAAUGAUCUCCAACUCCAAGUCUCUGAUAGAAUUGAUACUUUCUUGAAAAAGCUCCAUGGAUCAUCUAAAUUGUCAAUGCUUAAGGUGCUAGAUCUAGAAUGUUGUCGUUACUUCAAGAAUAACCAACACUGCCUCAAGGACAUAUGUAGCAAUAUAUUACUACUCAAGUAUCUAAGCCUAAGGAGAACAGAUAUUACCAUGCUACCUAGUGAAAUCAACAAUCUCUACGAGCUGGAGGUAUUGGAUAUCCGGCAAACUAAGGUGCCUGCAUAUGCAACAAGAGAUCUUGUCCUUGUAAAGCUAAAGCGCCUGCUAGCUGGCCAUACUGAUUUGAUUAGUUCAAGCAAUGAUAAGAUCAAAAAUUCGAUCAGUGAUGAGAUUUCAUCAUUCUCCUUUCAAAAGAAGGCACCAUUAUUCUCCAGUGUCCAAGUUCCUAACGAGAUAAAAAAGAUGGCAGGCAUGGAGGUAUUGUCAAAUGUCAAGGCUUCACGAAAUGGUCAAGAGUUGAUAGACAUUGGGAAGCUCUGGCAGCUAAAAAAGCUCGGUGUGGUUAUCAACGACAAGGACAAUCAUCGAAAGAAUUUACUUAAAGCAAUCAGUGACCUUUAUGAGUGCCUCCGGUCUUUGUCAAUCUCUAUUGUUCCCAAUACCGAAAGAGAGGCCACUGCAUCUAGUGGAGAUUUACAACAGCACAUUCGUCAUUGCCUGAGAUUCCGUCCCAAGUUUCUUGAGAGUCUAAGAAUCCAUGGUUACACACACAAUGGUCAGCUUCUUGCAUUAUUAGCUGAAGGUCUCAGUAAGCUUGCCAAGGUAACUCUGAGUAGUACCUCAUUGAACCAAGGCAAUCUCAAGGUUCUUGGUGAGCUACCCAACUUACGGUAUUUCAGGCUCAGACACAAUGGAUACACAGACAAAACUCUCACCUUUAAGAAGGAUGAAUUCAAAAAGAUGAUAUCUUUUCUUGUUGAGGGCUCCAACAUGAUCAGCAUUGAAUUUCAGAAUGGAGCAGCUACAGCGCUCGAGAAGAUUGUACUGUCCUCCACCGACACAAAGUCUCUUUCUGGGCUUGGAGACCUUCCAAAGUUGAAAGAGCUCGAGAUGAAGAGCAACAGGUUCCUCGUUUCAUUCUCUGAAGAGGUAGAAACUCAAAAGAAAUACACUCGUAGCAUUCUCACUUUCAAGAAGGAUAAAUUCCAAAAGCUCAAAUACUUACUUGUUGAGGGCCCCAACAUGGAGACAGACAUAACCUUUGAAGUUGGUGGAGCUCGAGAGCUUGAGAAGGCCGUCUUGUCCUUCGCCAACAUAAUGUCUAUUUCUGGGGCCAACAACCUUCUCAAGUUUAAGCAGCUUGAGUUGAAGGGCAACAAGUCGUUGCUUCUUUCAUCACUUGAGAAUGCCAAAAAAGUUUCAGAGGUGACUCUUCAUUCUACCUGGCUGGAUCGUUCUAACCUACAAAUUCUUGGCAAGAAACCAAGAAUCCGCUGCCUAGUGCUCUCGCAACACUCUUACGACGAAAGCCAGCUUAUCUUCAACAACAAUGAGUUUCCCGAGCUCGCCAUUCUUAUUGUUAAGUGCUCUGGCAUCACUGAGAUCCAAUUCACCGACAGAGCAGCUCCUAAGCUCGAGAAGAUCAUCUGGUCUUUCACCAAGAUGAAUUCACUCUCGGGCAUCACCAACCUUCCCAAUCUGAAGGAGCUCGAGUUAACUGGUGACCAUGUCCCUGAUCAGGUGAGGGAUGACAUCAAAGCACAUAGAAACCAACCUGUUCUUACCCUCAGGCAGCUGGAGCAUCAAGACCAGGACCAUGGAAGGGCACAAGAAGACCCCAAUGAUGCAAGGUUUUCAGCAUGCUCAUGGUUGUUGAAGAACAAGUACUAGCCUGCCGCAGGACAAAACGAAGAUUUUCUUCCACGCAUAUCCUACAGCCUUCCAUCCUUCCAUGAUCACCAGCUCCCAGGAUGAAUUUCAUGUAUAUGCGUGUGGUCUGUCCCUGUGAAUUGUAAAUAUGUAAUGCUCAUGUAUCCGUGAAAUAAUGUUGUGUGCGUGUCAGUUUAUAUGUUAAAUAAUUUCCUAGCUACCAGCUGCUUAAUUGCUGCAUGAUGCAUGAUCAAUGUGCCAUGCAUCUGAUCAAUGCACGCAUGCUAGCGUGGUAGCUUGAGCAAUGGCUGCUGAUUCCAUCGAUGCAAGCUAUGUUCAUGUAUCAGGGAUUUGUGUGUGUUUCAUCAGGGCACUUGCUUACAUGUUUGCAUGCAUGUGUGUCUUGAGUUGAUCAGUGUGUGCGCUCUCCUUUGAGCAUACGAGUGUGGAACCAUCAGGUUGUGGUCCCAUCCUUCCAUUCAUGUAACAAGUGCAAAAACAUUUCU